AUGGCACUGAUAGCAGAUGGAAGGUUCACAAUGCAAACAAGCACAGAACUGACUUGUUUCACCCUGGCAAAGGCACAACUGGACCUAUCCAGAAAUGGCCUUAGAAAGGUGCCACCUAACUUGCCCAUGAACACCCAGUACCUGGAUCUGUCUUACAACAACAUCAGCUCUCUAAAUGGAGACGACCUGGAGGACCUGCCCAACCUCUGUGUACUUAAGCUCGCUCAUAAUGGCCUGGAAAUCAUCUCACCCUUAGCCUUCCAGCGCAACCCCAGGGUCCAGGCCCUUGAUGUCUCCUACAAUGUUCUGAAGAUCAUUCCUGACUUGAAUCUACCGGAUCUCAAGGUCUUAGACCUCUCUCAGAACCUCUACAAUUCAUACAGCCUGGGGAGGUCUUUCCAGAAUCUUCUAAACCUCACCUCCCUGGGCCUCGGAAGUUCUUUGGUUAAAUCUAUAAACACAUCUGACUUUGCUCCACUCUGUGCUAUCCCUCUGAAGAACCUGCAGCUGGGUGCAGCAGCCGAGAUGAGUCACUUUGAACCUGGCUCUUUCACCUGCUUGCCAGCAUUGCAAGAACUGACACUUCAAAUGUCAUUCUGUGAAAAACCAUUGAUAUUAGGAGAUAUCCUUCGAGACUUGGACAGAAUCCAUGUUAAGAGUCUGACACUGAAAAGAUUUGUUCCAGACCAGUGCAAUGUCACUAGCAACCUUUUUGAGCAGUUGAAAGGCAUGGAGCACCUGCAGAACAUCACCUUUACGGACACCUUCUUUAACAGCUCUGUUUUGACCAAUGCAGUUACCAAUGUUAUGCAAUCCUCGGCCGAGACCCUUUCCUUCUUCAACAUCACAUUUGCCCAAGACAAACCUGACGGCGUCCAAAUUCAUGAUCUCCCAGGAUACAAUAAGACAGUCCGUCUCAGAGUAUUGUCAUUUCACAAAAUCCACCAUCACCAGUAUUACUUUCCAUUAGUCAGUGUCAACGUGAGCUUGUUCCCUCACCUAACUCACCUGAAGUUCUCUGGCACAGGGAUGAGCAUCAUUCCUUGCAACUUGAUCUCAGCCCUACCAUCCCUAGAAGUGCUGGAUCUAUCAGACAAUGUUCUGCACAACCACGGGCUGUGGUGGUCUGCCUGUUCCUCCCCCGAGGGGUUCCCAUCCUUGAAGCAACUCUACCUUAGAAACAAUCAGUUCAAAGAUCUUCAGUUCAUCUCCAAUCACACCCAUGAAAUGAAGCAUCUCAACACUCUGGACCUGAGCAAAAAUAUCAUACAGCUUAGUAGAGCCAAGUGGUCCCCACAACUCACAAACCUUUCUCUAAGCAACAAUCUGCUGGAAGAUGCUGUGUUUGAUUAUCUCUCACCAUACAUGCAAACCCUCAACCUUUCACAAACAGGCAUCACAAAGUUGACCAGUGAUUCCAUGUCACAGCUGCCUGACGUAAGGCACCUUUUUCUGAGCUUCAACAACAUCAAAGACUUACCUUCUGACCUCUGGGCACCAAGUUUGGAAGAGCUGCAUGUGGAUCACAACAACAUAAACAUCUUUCCUCAAAGCUCUUUCAAGGGGCUGCUUGGACUCCGGCGACUCAAAGCCGGCAACAACCCAUUUAUCUGUAACUGUGAUUUAUACUGGUUUGCAACCAGCUUCAACAAAACAGUAUUAAUUGACUGGCCUGAAGACUACACUUGCUCUGCUCCUACCGAUCUUGCUGGAAUGACAUUAGAAAAAUUUCAUCCAAGUCGAAUGUCUUGCGAUCCAUGGCUUCGAGGUGUCGUAGGAGUGACAACCACUAUCUUACUCAUGGCGGCCAUUGGGCUGGUGUUCUAUGUUUGCGAUGGCGCCUGGUAUCUUCAGAUGCUCUGGGUGUGGAUGAGAGUGAAGCAGAGGGGAAACCAGAAAGCUCAAAGGCUGGGCCAAGUCUUUGACUACCAUGCCUUCAUCUCAUACAGCCAGAAGGACAGCUGGUGGGUGGAGUGUCAGCUGGUUCCCCACCUUGAAAGGGAAAACUUCAAGCUCUGCAUCCACGAGAGAGACUUUGUCCCAGGUGACUGGAUCAUCGACAACAUCAUUAGCUGCUUAGAACGUAGCUCCAAGACACUCUUUGUGCUCUCCCAAAACUUCAUCCAGAGUGACUGGUGCACCUAUGAGCUGUUCUUCGCACAGCAUCAGGCUUGGAGCAUCCAGCAGGAUUCACUGGUCUUCAUUCUGUUGGAGCCCAUCCCAAUAAAUUCCCUCCCCAGAAAGUUCCUAAAGCUGAGGAGCCUGCUUUGGCAGCAGACCUACUUGAAGUGGCCGAAUAACGACGGCCACAAGGAGAAGAUCUUCUGGGCCAGGCUGAAAAGCCUGCUGCAGGCAUCCAACCCGAACACGGUGCUCAAACACGUGGCCAGGGAGAUGCUAGAUGUGUGUCCCCUACUGAAGGACACUGAUUAAGGUGUAACAUCUAGCUGCUUCUCCAUUUUAUUUUUAUGACAUAUCUCACUCAAGCAGGAGCAGACCUAUACUGUACCGAGGACAAUACAUUUGUAAAGACUGCAACAGUAAAUCGUCACGCUUUAAGUCUUUAACAGAAUCAGUCCCUGAAAGAUAACACUCUUUUAUGGCUGGCUUUUACAUCAACUAAGUGUGAGCACCUAGACCUCACUGUACACGGAAUGGUGUAACUUACGCCAGGGACGGAGCUUUUCAUAAGAUUACAUUUACAGAUUUGCUUCUUUCUUUAACGUGUAAAAAAUGAUUCUUCCUGUGUAAAAACUGUACGUGUUUAGUAUCCUGUGAGUAGAUCCUCUUUUGUAACUUUGUUUCAUAAAGGGCACACUUUUAAUGAUUAUUCAAACAAGCAUCUGUUUUUAUAGUUCAAAUGCAAAUGUCAGUUGUUCCACUGAAAAUAAAAAAUCUACAUAUGAUUUUCA